AUGGCGGGAGUGCUCCGGUGCUGUGGUGCGUGGAACAUCGAAAGCGUCAUAUCAUUUCUAAUCGUGGCCGACGGUCAGCUAUGCGACAAGUUGUUCGAGGUCCUGCAGAAGACGUACCAGAGCAGGGGCUACCGGAUCGCUGUGCACAAAUGCGAGAACAUUGCCGAUAUUUUACGGACUAAACCUGAUCUUCACGUCGAUUUUGUUGUUUUCCCAUUUGACAGUCGAAUCAGCAAACAAGUCGACGAGGUCGAGAGCAAUAUUUGGCUGUUGGAUGAGUUUUUCGUUGUCUCGGGACGCGUUUGUCUGGUCAACUGUUAUGGUUCGCCAAAUACAAUGGGGCUCAUGUGCCAUUCUGCCAAUAAGUUGAAAGAUAAGUACCGCCUGCGAUUGUUGUCGGCUAAUGUUUACAAUCCUGAAGGACUUCAAAGCUUGGGAAACAGAAUUCUAAAUCUAGCUGAAGCAUUAUUGGGUGUGCACAGUGGAGUUCCAGACUUGAACAUGCUGACAGUACUUUGAGUUGUAUUGUGAAUAAAUAUUUC